AUGAAGUCUGGUAUUAUUUCUACGUUUAUCUUUGCCUUUCUCUACGCCAGCACUGCGAGCGCCGUUCCACCAGGUACUUCUAAUCCUAAUUACAGUGGUGGUAGCACUGGGGGCAUUGGAGUUAGUACCGGUGACACUGGGGCUGCUGGAACUGCUGGGGCUAGUACAGGUGGUAGAAGAGUGAGUUCCGGUGGCCGUCGUAUCGAGGGGGGUACCAGCUCCAACAUGCGGGGCAAAACACGCCAGCAGGAAAGAUAUGUCGAAGGCGCAUGCACGACGCACGGUACAUAUGGCACAUGCCAGGCCACGGAUGCCAAUGGGAAUGACUGGGCGGCUCCUUGUAGCCCGAAUACCCCGUGUGCUACCGUAGGGCCCCGUAUGUGCAAUAUUGAUACGUUGCGGCUUAUUGCGGUGUGUUCGUGA